AUGAAGGAAGCCCUGCGGCCCCUCGUCGAGGCCAGCGCCUCGGGGAUCCGCGAGAUUGCCCGCGCGGGCUUCCACGCUGGCGCGUCCUGGGCGCUGCUGCCCAGCUGCCCUGCGGCGCCGCCCUGCCCGCCGUACCCGCCUUGCCCCGCGUGCUUCUGCACGUGCGGGGGGGGAGGCGGAGGCGGCGGCGAUCCUGCGGGCGGCGGCGGCGGAGGCAGCAGCCCUCCCUGGCUGGCGGCCGCAGGCGGGCCGGUGUGCGACGCGCUCGCCGACGCGCUCGUCGGGGCGCUGCGCGAGGCGGUGGAGGGCUGUGUCGGCUGGGGAGCCGCGAUCGCGCUGGUGCUGCUCGCGCUGCUCGCAGGGUUCGGUCUCGGACGCAUCAGCCUCGCCGCGUCGGCCCGCCUCGAGCCUCGCGAUGGCGCUGCAGUGGUGCGCUACGCCGGGGACGACCUCUGGCACGAGCGGAUCUUGCUGUACCCAGCAGCCAGUGAGGCCGCGGGCGCCGGACUCCCAGGAGCCUGCUGGGUGGUGUACACUCCCGACCACGAUAUGUACAUCGAGGAGCUCGAGGGAGGCUCGCCCGACGACAGUCCCGUCGAGUGGCUGGAGAUGCCGCGCGACUUACGGCUGCCCAGUGGGCUUGGGCGGGCGUAUCGCUUCGAGGAGGUCCCGACGGAGGAGGUGAUGAAGGGCCUCUACCGCCGGGCCUACUCGGCCGCCCAGGCCGAUGCGGAGUCGCGCGGGGUGCUCCUGGAGACGCCGGUGGCGGUGCGUACGGCCGCAGGCAGGGAUGUGGCAGUGCACGAGGCGCUCGGGGCCAACUUCUUUGGCGGCCGACGGAUGACGGGCAAGAGACCGCCUUUGGGGCUGGACCUCGGAGGAGACCACGGAGGCCACGCUGGACCGGCAGCUGCGGCCGCGGAGGGCCUCGGCGACAGCGGCGCCCCAGGGCCUGCGGUUGAGGGCACUAGCACGCCGCGCUCGAGCGGCCGCGUCUGGCGAGCAGCCGAGGCCGACGAGCGCUGCCGCAUCGCGCUGGGGGAUGAGUUGGGGCCUCCUGCUCACUCGCUCUGUGGCAAAGGGCUGUGCUUGGCGGCUCCCGGGCGGGCCGUGGUGGUGCACCUGACGGGGCUCGACCAGGACUCCUUCGUGAUGAGCCUGCGCGGAGGCGAAGGCCGAGAGUGGCGCGAGGUCGUGGACGCCUGUGAGGAGGAGCCCUUCGGCGACUUCCCAGUGGCGGGGCCUCGUUCUGCUUGGUGGUGCUUGGACUUCCUGCGGCGGCGGCACACCCCCACGGAUCAUCACCCGAUGUUCAAGACGACGGCGCGGCUCCAGUCGGAGCAGUGGGGGGUGCAGGAGCACGAGCAGCUCAUGAAGUACAUCGAGCUGGCUGGCACCUACGACCGGCUGGACCUCAGCAACUGUGCCUUCGCCGAGGCGACCUUUCGGCGGGCGCAGACUAUCGAGUGGAGCUACCACGAUCGGUUGCGGGAGGCCGACUCGGCCAGCUCCAAGGACAAGAUGAGUCCCGAGGAGUUCUCGGCCUUCAGCGGCUUCAGCAAGGCUGGGGACCUGCUGAUGGUGGCCCCCACGCUCCUCGAGUUCGCGAAGGGCCAGGUCGAGAAGGGCGCCGCCAUCAUGAAGAACAUCAGGAAGGCUAGAGAAGAACGAGAGCUCCGCCGCAAGGGAGCCCUCCGUGAGCUCCGCGGUGCUGGCGUGUACGAGGACAUCGACUCGCCAGUCGUCAGCUUCGACGAUUCCCUCGUCUCGCUGCCUGAGGCCGGCAACGUUCCUGUGCCGCUCGGGGAGCUGGUUGCAGGCGUGGGCGAUCUUGAUGUCGAGGCAGCAAUACACGAGCAGCUCCUUCCACGCAAGGAUGCGGAGUCCAACCUCUCCGAGGCUCCGCGACAGCCGUACAUGGAUGCUAUCCUACGAGCUCAGCCACACGCGUAUGCUGGGCUGGUGCGGCGCUUGCAUACGGCGGGGAUGGUGACCUUCUCAGCCGCGCCGCGAGAGAGGUGCGGCCUCUUCUUUGUGCGUAAGAAGUCUGGCAAGCAGCGCAUGGUGAUAGACUGCCGGCGGGCCAACUGCUGGUUCAGGAGGCCUUCGACAGUCGCGGUGGCGACAGGCUCUGCACUGGGAGAGCUGGCCGUGCCAGAGGGCGAGCAGCUCUACGUCGGUCACGUGGACAUCUGCGACGCCUUCUACCACUUCGGCUUGCCUGAGGCUUUCCGUGAUUAUUUCGCGCUGCCGGCGGUGAAGGCAGGCGACGUAGGGCUGACUGUCCUGGGCGGAAGGCCCCUCGCGCCUGGCAGCCGUGCGUGGCCAGUCCUGGCGGUCUUGCCCAUGGGCUGGUCGCAUGCGCUGUACUGGUGCCAGACCAUUCACCGCGGGAUCGUGAGCUCCAUCCCCGCGCUGCUCGACGUUCCGUUCAUUUCGGACAAGAGUGUAGCGCCGCCGGUGCAGCCACUGGCGAUGACUAUAUAUGUGGAUAAUUUUCUCGCCUUGGGCACGGAUCCCGAGGCCGUUUCCCGCGCAGUGAAGCUCGUCAACGCUGCCUUGACGUCCAGGGGGUCCGUCUAUACUUUCAUUCGGCGGCUGGGCCACUGUACCGCGGUCCCUCUCUGGGAGUCCGUCCGAUGGGAGUUAAAUGCGUUCUCGAGUUUGCUGUGUCUGAUUUCCAGGAAGUUGCAGGUGUCAUGGAGUUCCAAGGUGAUGUGCACAGACGCGUCCUUUUGGGGCUUCGGACUGGUCUGUAAGGACCUCGACAAGGACCUCGUGGGCUCGAUGGGCUGUUUCUCAGAACGGUGGCGUUUCUUGGGCGACAGCAAGGCGCUCUCCAGGGCUUGGGCUGCAGGCCCCAGUGAGGACGAGAUCAUCACGAAGCCCCUAGAGAGCUCCAAGGACUUCCAGCAGUUCGUGGGGGAUGAGGAGGCUAGCAAGGAGGCCCGCACGCGGGCCGCUGGACGUCUUCCCGAAGCGGUUCGAGAGGAAGGUUGGGCUGUCGUGGGCUCGCACAAGUGGGGAUCUCCGCCUGGGAACAUCGUGGAGGGGGAGGCCAGGGCUAUCGCGUUCGGGGUUAAGCACAUCUGCAGAUCCACGAAGGCCUUUGAGUGCCACCACCUCCUGCUAUCCGACUCGCUCUCGUCUGUCUUGGCUCUGGGCAAGGGCCGAUCCUCGGCCCCCGGCGUCAGCGGCGCGCUGCGCUCCGUGGCAGCGCAUGUCGCGGCGACGGGACUCCGACUCAGUGCCCGCUGGCUGCCUAGCGAGUGGAACUUCGCCGACGGUCCUUCGCGAGGGCUGCGGCACGCUGGAUACGCUCGCGCUGGAGUCGGCCAGGCUGGAGCGUCGCCAGGCGGCGGCCCCGGCGGGAGAGGCCCGCUCGGCCCCGAGGACCCGCCCGGUGCCGCCAAGCCGGGCGACGUCAGCGCCGUCGCUUCGGAGGCGCGGGCUCCGCCUGCGGCCGACAAGGUGAAGCGGAGGAAGCUGGCCCGGCGCGGAGCCAAGCUGGCCGACGCGGGGACGCUGGACGUGCUACGGCUGAGCACGGUGCGGACACAGACAGCGAGGUCGAGGUGCCAGCAGCUGGCCGCCGAGCUCGACGAGUGGCUGGCGGAGCAAGGGUUACCUGCGCGGCCGACGUUCUCCCUCGACGAGCGGAGGAUGAUCCCGCUGGCGCCCGAGGCUGCCGCCGAGCUGGACUGCAGCCUUGCGGAGUGGAUGUUGGGGCAGUACCUGGAGGGCGUCGAUCAUUGGCGCGGGGUGCAGAUGCUGGCCGCCCUGCAGUGGAGCGACCCGCGUCUCGGCCGCGACGGCGGUGCUCGUCUGCCCGGGGCCAGGCAGUCGCUCCGAGGUUGGAAGGUGCUGACGCCGCCGUUGACGAGGCUGCCGCUCCCCGAGGAGGUCGUUGCCGCCCUGGCUUGCGAGCUGGUGAGCAUGGGCCUGUGGGAGGUGGCGGCGUGCGUGGUCCUGUCGAUGGUGUUCUACAUGCGACCAGGCGAGUGGGGCCGCGUGCGGGUCAAGCACGCGAUUGCGCCUCGCGCCUCGGGAAGCCAGGCCCUGCGGCAGUGGGCCCUGGUGCUGCACCCACGCGACGGCGAGGAGGCGCGGCCCAGCAAGACGGCGGAGUUCGACGAGAGUCUCGUGCUGGACCUCACCUGCGACCUGUGGCUGGGCGGCGUGCUGCGGAGUCUGACCGCUGCGAAGCCGCCAGACGCCGCGCUGUUCAGCUUCUCGGUAGAGGAAUUCGCCGAGAUCUUCAGACGCGCGGUCCGCCGCCUCGGCCUAGAGCCCGCGCCGAUGCCAUGCCUUCUCAGGCACGCCGGCGCCAGCCGAGACUUCGUCAACGGACUGAGGCCGUUGAGCGAGGUAAAACGGCGGGGUCGCUGGAAGACGGACGCCUCCGUGCGGAGGUACGAGAAGGGAGGAAGGCUGAGCGAGCAGUUUGCGAAGCUGCCCCCAGCCCUCCAGAAGCACGCGCUCCGCUGCCACAGCGUGCUCCCCGAGGUUCUCUUAGGGGGGCUCGCUGCCCCGCCGUUCCUGGCCCGCUAG